CAUGAUACAUUACCGUACAUGUAACAUGUACCUUAUGUACAUACUGGCACCAGCCAGGCCCCCCCACUUUCAUCAUCGAAUGUAAGGUUACAUUGGCAUGCCUGCUUUUCUCGCGCUCCGAGUCCAGCCAGGAGAGCGCCCGGUAGUUGUCGCUGACCAUCCGCUCUUUCGAAUGCUGUCCGUCAGCGCCACGGCUUUUCAGGUCGCGCGCGCGCCGCUGGAAUGAGAAGACUACCUGCUCGAUUGCCCGGCCCCGCUUCACACGCACGAGUUCAGGCGACAACAGAUACUAUUGUCCCAGCCUUCGUUCCACAGUUCGUCGCCGCUCUCCAUGUCCCCCCCGCCGCCCGAUCGACGGCAUGGCGUCCUCGCUCUGCUCGACCACAGCGCAGUGGCCUGCUGGCAGCGCAACAGCGCCGGAUACAUCUGACCGCGCCGCUCUCGCAAGACAAGGCGCCUUCGCCGACCACAGCGACCCCGUCGCCUCCGGUCGCAUAUCCGCCCCUGGAUGAAGACGGCAGGCUCGACCCGUCCGCCUUCCAGAAACUCCCCUUUCGCUUCGACACGGGCAUCGCGCUCUUUGCGAAGCGCGCCCCGCGCCCGUUCCCGCCUCCCUACCUCUCCCCGCCCUCGGGCUCCUUCAGCGACCCGCUCAGCACGCACGAUCGCAGCCGGGACCGCCGGCGGGCGUACGUCGACGGGCACCUCAUACAGGGGCUCACCAACGGUGACGAUGCCGUGUUUGCGAGCGACUACUUUAUCUGCGCCAACGACGGCGUCGGCGCGUGGAGUACGCGGCCCAGAGGGCAUGCGGGAUUAUGGGCGCGCCUGAUCCUCCACUUUUGGGCAACCGCCAUAUUUGAGGAUGCCGCCCGGCAAGGCGCCUCCUACCGCCCCACCCCCGUCGCCUACCUCCAGCGGGCGUACGAACAGACGAUCGAGGCAACCGGCCCACCCAAUGACUGGCAGGGCACGACCACCGCAGCGGGCGCACAGCUGCACUACCGCCAGGUGCAAGCAAAGGAUCGCAACAGCGGAGACUCGGGCUCAGGAAACCCGGGGUCCGCCAGGGCUGGGGCCGGGGCCAGCCCGGGCGCCGACGCCGACGCUGACGGGGCGGCGGUCGAGCCGCUCCUGUACGUGACCAACCUCGGGGACUCGCAGGUCAUGGUCGUGCGGCCGUCGACGCGCGAGAUGGUGUACAAGUCGACCGAGCAGUGGCACUGGUUCGACUGCCCGCGGCAGCUGGGCACCAACAGCCCGGACACGCCGGCCGACUGCGCCGUGGUCGACGAGGUGCCCAUCCGCGAGGGCGACGUGGUGCUGGCCAUGUCGGACGGCGUGAUCGACAACCUGUGGGGCCACGAGAUCGUGGAGAAGGUCUGCGAGAGCCUCGAGAGGUGGCGCGCCGGGGAGGGGCGGGGGCGGGGGCGAGGGUUAGGAACAGGUCUGGGCCGUCGGGGUGACGGUCGUGAUGAUGAUGAGGUUCAUGAUGAUGAUGAUCAUGGGAUGAUGGGGUUUGUCGCCGAGGAGCUGAUGGAGGCGGCAAAGGCGGUCGCGGUGGAUCCGUUCGCUGAGAGCCCCUUUAUGGAACAUGCUAUUGAGGAGGGCCUGGCCAGCGGCGGAGGCAAGCUCGACGAUAUCAGCGUCGUGGCUGCUAUCUGCCGGAGAAACCAGGGAUGAACAAAUGGAGUCUCAUAUGGAGACUCGGCGCUGUUGGGCCUAUGGCAGGUAUGUACAGCGCAAACGAGGGUAGACUUGGACCCUUGUUUCUGGGCCCGCCCGUGCUCGAAGUGUCGAGAAGGGGAAGCAUGGUUCUCUAUCAUGGUGGAUAGCAUCGGGCUUCUUUUGGUGAUGUUAUGAGCGGACAUUUGGUUUGACAUCCGGCAAAUGUUUUGGGCCAGGGACGGUUUAGAUGGCUGGCGUAAGGAGGAACCUGGAAUGACGGA